AUGGGUAAGACUAUCGACAGACAAGAUCUAUUGUCGCUGAAACCCACCCCAAAGAUGCGACCGAAAGCUUCUACGAGGCCGAGACCGAAAACUAUCCAUAUCGAUAGCGGCUCAGUGCAGCUAGCCGAAGGAAUGUCGAGUAGAGGGCGUAAAGGGUCUACAUCGAAUUUAACAGCUUAUACCCCCUCGUCCAUGAAGCGCGAUUACUACAGAGGCUCUCAGGACAGUUUAGCCGACCGGAGCAUGAGUAAUAAUAUGCUUUAUAAAGAGCUUGUAUCUACAAUCUGGUGGGUGAUUUACAAAAUAGAAAUGGAUUAUAAACUGAGAGCCGAUAAUUUGAGGGACCCUGAAUUGCUAUGGGAAUUGAAACUAAGAGGCAUUCCAGUGGAUGACACUUCGACGAUGGAGAAAAUGAAAGCAGCGCUAAGGCCUUUGAUAAGAUUGGAGAGAAGAAACCAAUCAUUGAGCUACCCAGAUUAUACUUUCGUUUUUGACGCUAAGUAUAUACAAGAUUGUGUAACAGAGAUUACAACUCUCAUGAAUUAUUUCACUGGUUCCAAGGCCAAAAUAAAAUUUGAACGUUUACAAUCCAGAUUGGUGCAUUUCCUUCGUAGAGUGGAUCUUAUGCCCAACGAUCAACUGACCAGUGAACAAGUUAGACUAAAAGCAAAUCUGCUCAUGGAAAUUCUUAAUGCCUUGGAUACAUUAGAGAAGCGUACUAAACAGGAUCCCAAUUUGAGUUCUAUGUUGAACCAAACUCGUUUGAAAUCUCCAGACGACAGUCACGGAAUGUCGCCGUGUCACAGUGCCAACCAGACCCUAGGACGACGCAGCUCGUACAAAACUAGUCGCGGUUCCAGUACGGACCAGGACAGUUUGGCCUACAGGUUCGGAGACACGGACUCGGGCCUGGGCAGAGCAACGCCCCCGCGCAGAGCUCCGUCCCCCGGCAUGGGACUGCGCCACUUGCCGUCGCCGUCCGGCCCCGGCAGCCUGCCGGGACUGAUGUCCAAAGGCCGGCGGGUCUUUGACGACGGUUCGAGCGAUAUCAGUUCCACGCCGAGCAGUAUGAUGGAUUAUAAUGGUCCCAGAUUAUACAAGCAACCGGCGACCAAAUCGAACCGGAGUAUAAUGUUGAACGCGGUCGAGUACUGCGUGUUCCCGGGCGUGGUCAAUCGCGAAGCGAAAAAGCGAGUGCUGGAAGAAAUCAACCGUUCCGAAAGCAAACACUUCCUCAUUCUGUUCCGAGACGCUGGCUGUCAGUUCAGAGCUCUCUAUUCGUAUUGUCCCGAUACCGAAGAGAUACAAUUCGGGCGGAAAAUGCUUUUCGGUAGUCCACACCAAACACCUGACCGUAACGAUAGACGCCUUCACAAUUCACAAUUCGUUGUGGCAAGGGAAAAAAGUGAAUUUGCCAAAUAAAAAAGAUAUGGCGCUUGUUGUCUAAUUUAGUUAAUCGAAUUUAAGCACUCUGUUAUUUAGUUCAUGCGUUUUUGUUUAUAUCGUUGAGGCUUUUGUAAAAAAAAAGGAAAAUGGUUUUUCCAUCUUUUUUUUCUCAUUGCCGCCGGCAAAAAUGAUGAAGCUAAAAAGCAGUUUCUGAGAUAUUAGCAAGUAUUACAUUUUUUUUUUUUUAUGUACAAGAAAAAUUUAUUUCCCUUUUUUCCUUUAUUUUGUACAUGUGCCUUUUUUUUGUAUUUAUAUGUUAUUUUAUGGAUUUUGUAUGUUUUUUUUUGUAAAGCUUUUUAUUUUGUGCCAAUCCAAAAACAAUUAUAGGCAUGUAUGUAUCGUACUUGCUUCCUUUAUUUGCAAAAUAAAAAAAAAAACAAUAAAGUUUUUAUAAUUUUUGCCUAUGUCAGCCAGUAACUGUAUAUAAGAUGUAGACCAACUUAAUUUAUCAUUACUAUAGGUAGUACUAUAUUUUCAUUGAAUUAUUGUGAAUAAAAUUACCCAAGAUUCAACUAUGCAUCUAAAAACAACAUAUUUAUAAAAAAGUCAAUACAUAUUUUUAGUGUAUCUGAGUCAUCUAUUAGGGUAACUCAUUUCAUAUAAUUUAGUUGAACAGUUACUCAAUGACAUAGGAAAAAAUGUUCAGUGAAUUUAAAUGAAAUUUUAUCAGUGUCAUUCCAUAUUUGUUGUAUUGCUAGAUAAGAUUUAUAAUUUUUUUUGUCCUAAUAUAAGCCUCGUAUCAUAUGAUAUUGAGCCUCGAAACAAAUUUCUGCUUGAAUUAUGAAUUUUUAUUACAUUUGUGUAACUGAGCACUAGCCUUUAAAUGUAAAAGCAAAUCGCUUAUUACGGAAUUGUGUGGUUUAUAAUUUUUGGAAUUUUUCCUUUCUGCCCGCGCCUAUACUUCCUAAAUAUUAAUAAUUUAAAAACAAAAUCUUAAUAUUAAUUGUAACAAACUGGAUUUACAAUAAAUUAAUAUAAUGUAAAUUAUUACAUUUAGGGAGGAAUAUUUAUUAUUAAUAUUAUUAUUAUACUAAUGGUUUCUUACCUGUACAUAUUAUGUUUUUAUAAUAUAAAAAAUAUUUAUUAAUACCCCCUGAAAAAAAAAAUCAGACGAAAAACCCUUUAAACAAUAAAAUUGAAUAACCCACAAAA